AAUUAAAAAAAAAAAAAAUGCUUGACGCCACUGAUAAAUACAAAGUUGUGAUCUCGUAUGAUUUUGGCACAACAUUUUCGGGAGCCUCUUACGCUUUUACACAUAACCGAAACGGUAAUGCUGAAGUAUUCGAUGUUCAGAAAUGGCCCCACAAAGGAGGUAAUUUCUACCCAAAGACACCCACUUUAUCAGUCUAUAAGAUAUCAGAUCCCAAAACUUUGGUUGAUUGGGGCCAUGGCGCCAAGAAGAUGAUGCUCAAACCUCAAGCCGCCAAGGAAAACAUAAUUUUGUCAAACUUCAAACUCAAUUUGGACGAAAGUCUCCAUAAAGGCAUAGCUGCAAAUCAUAGGUCACCGGUGAAUAAUAUUGCUGAUUAUUUAAGGGCGCUUCAUGAAUAUGUAUUGGAAGACGUCACGCGUGGAUUUGCCAAGAAUUACGAUCCCUCUUCAUUUCGUUAUUGUCUGACAGUUCCUGCCAUGUGGUCAGAUUUGGCCAAGAGCACCAUGAGAAGGGCAGCUAUACUCGCUGGUCUUGUCAGUCAGGAUGAUCCGCAGGACAGAUUGAUUUUAAUUUCGGAGCCAGAAGCGGCUGCAUUAUAUUGCGAGAAAAUGUGUGAACAAGUCAAUCUGAAUAAAGGAGAUCGAAUGAUGAUUUGUGAUGCUGGUGGUGGAACGGUAGAUCUCAUUGUAUUUGAGGUUCUAGAUGAUCGUUUUGAAAGUAACAAGAGAUUAAAAGAAGUGACAAAAGGGAUUGGCGAAAGCUGCGGUAGUGCAUUUUUGGAUCAUAAUUUCAGAACACUGAUGGAAGAAAAACUGGGCGAUCAAGUGAAACGCUUACCAGCGGCUGCGAUGAACAAUUUAAUGGAUCAGUUUGUGGAUAAUAUCAAACCAGAAUUCGAUGGUUUGGAUGAUCAAUACUUGAGUAUACCCGUAUCCGUAAACUUGGCUGAGUUAAAUAUAGAUAUUGAUUGCUUGGAUGAAGGUACCAUGGUAUUACGAGCAUAUGAACUGAGAGAAAAGGUCUUUGAGCCAGUGAUUAAACGAGUGAUAGCAUUAUUGGAGAAGCAGUAUAACGAGGUACACGACAAAAACCUUUCUUGUAUAUUCUUAGUCGGUGGAUUUGGCUCAUCCAACUAUCUUUUCCAACGUGUGCACGAAGUAUUUGAUAGCAGAGUCAAGCAAAUUCUUUGCCCCCCACGAGCUGCUAUGGCUGUUGUUCGUGGCGCAGUCUAUUUCGGUCUAAAUCCUAGAGUCAUCACCUCUCGUGUUUCUCGUCGUACUUACGGCAUUAAUGCGGGACUUCCAUUCGAUGAAAAGCUCGACCCUGCAUUCUCCCGUGUUGUACGUCCAGACGGCAGUAUUCGUUGUACAUCUAGGUUUCUUGUCUUUGUUAGAAAGGGUGAUGAAAUACCUAUUGAUCAUUGUAUUCGUGAGAGAAUGUUUGUCUAUUAUGGAACUAUCAAAGCAACAGACCUUAUGCUGUAUUCCACAGAUGGUGAUAACGAGCCAAGGUAUUUCGAUGAAGAAGGUGUGCAUCAGGUCGCUGCUGUUUCUGUACCGGUACCAUACAUACCAAAUGUUGCUACAGGAGAGCGCAUACCUUAUACAGUCAGGAUGUUUUUUGGCUUGACAGAAGUGCGCAUAGAAGCUGAUUUUGGAACGGGCGUCAUUCAUAAAAUUCAUUGUAAUUUCGAUGCUGUUAACAAGUACGACGAAUAAUAUCUAUACCGAUUAGUUCAUUUUAUAAUACCACUUGUACAAUUUAUGUAUUGUCAGUACAUAAGAUAAUUAAUACAAUAAUAAAAAAAUCAAGCUCUGGAUGAGUUUUGAACUAUAAACAAUUCACUGUAGGACAUCAGAGCAUAUAUUUAUAUUAAGAGGGAAUGGACCCUCAAGAAACGUCGUAGUCUAUUUCAAUUAUUUCCAAUUGUGAAUGGUGCAUAUAUUGUUUC